AUGGCCGAACAAGAGCUCUCCUCUCUGCUCAAGCAGAUCCAUCAGACCGUUGGGUCGCACGACUACGAAAAGUCCCAGACUCUCCUGUCGAAGGCCAAGCUCGCUUUACUCUCCCUCAAUGCUCUCGUCCCUUCUCCCACAACAUCCGCAUCGAGCCUCGCACUGGCCCGCGAAACCCUCGAGCUUGGCGCCAUCGUUUCCAUCCGUCGCCAGGACCCUGAAAGCUUUACGCGCUACGUUCAGCAGUUGCAGCCCAUCUACGAUCUUCCUUCGGAUGUCCUUUCCCAAGAGGGCAGCAAUCAGAGCCGCAUCACCGGACUCUACCUCCUGCUGCUGCUGAGCCAGGGCGACUACGCUGGAUUCCACACGGUGCUGGAGAGUCUCGAGACAGCUGUCGUCAGCAAUGGCGGUAGCCAGCAGAGUCUAGAGCAUGACGUUUUCAUUCAAUAUCCGGUUAAGCUGGAGCAAUGGUUGAUGGAGGGUAGCUACGACCGUGUCUGGGCCGCAACGAAAAGCGAGCGCGUUCCCAGCGAGGAGUAUGGUGUCUUCUCAGACGUCCUUGUCGGUACUAUCCGUUCGGAAAUCGCCAGCUGCUCAGAAAAAGCGUACCCUUCUCUUCCCAUUUCCAAUGCUAAGAACCUUUUCUUCCUCGAGAGCGAAGGUAGCGUCAUUGACUUUGCCAAUGCACGGGGCUGGAUCGUCCAAGAUGGCCGCAUUUUCUUCCCGCUCGCCGCCGAGCAGGGCCCGCGCAACGAAAAGGAAAUCCUCGCAACGAGCGGUACCGUCAUCGAGAAUACCUUGGGUUACGCCCGCGAGUUGGAGAUGAUUGUAUAG